CAUGUAUGUCUCUGUUUUAAAAGAGUCAGGUUACUCAGAAUUACUAACGUGUGUGGCUAUUAUUUAUACAAUGAUUAAUCCGACACAAGAUCGUACAAUGAACCUAAUCAUACCAACUAAAGCUAACAUGUUAUUAGUGAUACUGAUCUACACAAGUUAUCAAUUGAAUGUCACAGCUCAACGUAACCUUACACCAGAUGGAACAGCUACGCAGAGUUCUACUCACGAAGGAAGUGUACCUCAAUAUGCUAUACAGCCACCAAUAUCAAAUACAUAUAGUAAGACGUUAUGUUCCGUUACAGGCCUUGGUAGGACACAAGCUUGGUGGAUGUUUCAUUUUGCAUUCGGAUCUGCUUACAUCACAAAUAUAACAAUAUACUACAGAGUAGGCUAUGCUCAUCGUAUGGAUGGAUUUAAAUUAUAUGUGACCAACACAUCAACUAUACCACCGGACGGUUAUCUCUGUUAUGAAGAUGGUCCCGGUCUUCCAGACCUCACUCAGACUAUUCCCUGUAAUCAACUUGGAAAAUACGUCAUUUAUUACGAUACUAAAAAAGACGACCACGAAGGACCUGUUAUUGAAUUGUGUUACGUUGCCAUUAAUGGAUGUCAGAAGGGUAUGUGGGGGAAAGACUGUUCCACAACGUGUCCAUCGAUAUGUAUAGGCCAACAUUGUCAUCCUGAAAAUGGCUCCUGUGUUUGGGGAUGUGACGAACAGAAAUGUUUAAAUAACAGAUGGGAUAUACAAACAGAUGUUUGUACUGAAGGAUGUGUUAGAGAACACUCGCAAUUUUGUAAUUGUAACAAAUGUCAGAUUGCAAUUAUCUUUAAAAGGAAAAACUGUGCUCCAUUCUUAUGACAACAGGCAUGUAAUCUUAUAUGAGCAGAUGAAAGCGUGUCAUAUGAUAUCAAUUCCAUUAUCAUUGGAUCUGUCAGUACUUCACUUCAUUUCAUAUCUGAUGAAUCUAAAUGAUACAGAGAAAACAAGAAGAUUUUUGCAGCUUUUACCAUAACAAUUAAUGAAUAUUGGUUAUCGUUUUCGACAAAUAUAUAACCAUGUUUGCAGUAAAUACUUACAAACUUGUAUUGACGCACAGAUUGAAACAUUUGAAAUGUGAUAGAGUUGUAAUAAUAAUUUAUAUGUUAUCCUUAAAAUAAAUAUGCAGAUUGUAUAA